CGUUGAGUUUGAAUUUAUUGUUGUGUUGUAUUUUUAUGACUUAGUUGCGGUUUGGUUGUUAUUUUUGUUUGAUAAUAAGUCGAUUUGAUUUGUUUAAUGGACGAGGAACAAAAAUAUAAACUAAUAACUUGUGUUGAUCCCAGGAAAAUCAAUGUUCCUAUUAGAGAUAGAUUUGCAAAGCUAACCUUAUCGAAUAAGAAGAAACAAACAGAAGUUACAGAUGAAUUUGAAGGAGGCAUUGAAAGGGUGGUUGAACCUACAACACGAGUUAGCCGCAAUCUUUUGGAAACUUUGGAUAAUAUGAAUGAUAACAUCCCCCUCACCGAGUGUGAGUCUUUUAAUGGGAGUGUUGUAUCUACCACCUCCACACUUUCCAACCUUGAAAAUAUGCCGCAGUAUAUUAAUCCACUUCUACGCAGUGAUAGCAGUGGAAGUAUUCCAGUAACACAAAUAAAUUCUUCCUAUAACAAUGAUGCUUUAUCGGCAGAAAAUACACAGUCUGAUGAUAUGCAACCUUUACAAGUAAGUGAAAAUUUUGACCAAUCGGCCCAUGAUAGUUUUCUGGAAAAUGAGAUAUCUGUACUGACGAGGGAAGUGUCAAUAAUGGCGGUGAGUGCAAAAGAUUUGGAAAUAACUAGGAAUGAUAAAAUUGCACACGAAACUACUUUAUCUAUGCCUACUGAAAGUCUACGAAUGACUUCUGAAUUUCAAUCACUCGGUCUUCAGAAUCUUACGGUAAAUCUUGAAAAUGAAAGCCAAAUCACAGUGUCAGUAUUGGCUGUGAGUGCAAAAGAUUUGGAAAUAACUAAGAAUGAUAAAAUUGCAAACGAAACUACUUUAUCUAUGCCUACUGAAAGUCAACGAAUGAGUUCUGAAUUUCAAUCACUCGGUCUUCAGACUCUUACGGUAAAACCUGCAAAUGAAAGCCAAAUCCAUAUUAAUACAGAAUUCCUUCAACCAGAAUGUAUAUCGUUAUCAUCUACGGAAGAUAGUCGCAGUGCAAUAACCGUAACGGAUAGUAGUGUUUCCGAAAUCAUGGACUUUGAUUGCAUGACUUCCGAUAUACCAGAAAGUGGUCAUUCUGCUAAUGCUUUUAUCCCAAACACGUUUAGUAAUGAAAAGGCUGACCGGAUGGAAGCGUUUUUACGUGAUGUAUCGCAGCAACGUAGAGAAUUAGAAAAUCAUGAAAUCGAGGAUGAUAAUUUUGAUUCGCAUAGAGUGGUUGAUAAAAAUGAUUUGAAAGAAUGUUUUAAUGAAGCACAUGGAUAUAAAAAACUUGAUGGACUGGCAUAUGCUGAUACAGAAUCAAUGACUAGUUUCUGUAAGGAACAACCAAUAUCAGAGGAGUUAGACAAGAUAAUAGAUACAAAGCAAAUGCAAGAACCACAAAAAGAAACCCUAUCAAUGAGUCAAAUUGAUUCAGGAGAGUUUAUAAUUCCCGACCAAAAUGUCAAAGAAAAAAGUGAACAUCCUCGUCCUAUAGCACAUGAAGAGACACAAGCAAACACUUCUGUAUCCCAAUAUGUCACAGAGCACAGGCCAGCAGUUACAUUAAAUCAAACUACUAAUCAGCAGGAACAGGACUGUUCUAUAGUUUGCAGCGAGAAAAGUUUCAUAUCUGAUGUUGCUGGCCCGGAUGUACCCGAUGACUCAGUUGUUAUCUCAGAGACUUCCAGCGAAAAUUUGACUAGUUCUUCAACACAUGAUAGCAGAUGCAGCAGUAGGGAAGUAGGGGCCAGUGAAUAUAGCCCAGCGAUAGACGAAGAGAAUGCUCAACAAUCACCACGGUGUAUGGAUAUUGGUAGCAUCAAUAUUUCGGCAAAGAUCAAUAUAAAAAUUUCAAUAUCACAAUUGGAUAGCUCGGAACAAAUAUGUGUAAACGAAACGGAUUCAGCGAAUGAGAGUAAUAGCUGUAGUUUUGAAAGCAAUAAUAUGGAUCCAGAAAACCAAGAAAAUAAAACUACCCUAACUUCUAACGUUCAAGAAUUGGAAAUAACUUGCGAUACACAGAAGCAAGAUAAAAGUAUAGACUUGGUCAAUGCUAUAGAAGACAAUAUGAGUGAAGAUGUUAAUUCAGAUGACAAAGAGGAGGACGUAAACUUCCUCACACAUGCUGAACGUCUUCUCAACCAGGUGUACGGCAAAUCGUGGCAAACUCCAGAAGUAAUACGCACACUAAAACGAACCAGCCGUACACCUAAGAAAACUGAUUGCACACCAUCGCCAGAUACAUCCAAAAUACCGAAUUUAUGUGAAGAAAAUAAGUCGGAUAAUAAUGGUAGACAUAAUGAUGAGUCAGCCAGCGUCGAGCAAAGUAUCCUGGAUGAUUUUUCUAUUUUUCGUCGCGAUAUCGUACGCACAAAUUUAGAUUCUACUCGCUUUGUGACGCCAAAUACGCCUAAGGCACGUCGUGGUACGGCAAAUAAAUGUUCCAAUUUUAACAGCGAACCGCGUUGCAUGUCUCAGGGUAACGAACGCCAGGAGCAAGACUUCCAAGUUCCAAGAACCGAAGUGAGAAGAAAAUGUUUGACAAAGCGACAGCAAAAUGCAGCUGCAACUGAGCGUUGGCGGCAAUUAGUUGAUGAGGACAGUGAAACGUCAGGUGAUAAUGCUUCAAAUGAUGAUACAUUAGAAAAGACGGAAAUCAUUGACAACGAGGAAUGGAGUCCCACCUCUGGUGAUAGUGAUGACAGUGACUACAAAAUCUCACGUCCCAGUAAAAGCAUUAAACAGAAAACUAAGAAGCAACAGCAACGUGACUCUAACAGUAAACGUGAAACCAAUUUCAACAUUCGUAGAGGGGUUCAAACUACAUCGAAUGAUGAUUUGAUUUACUUAGAUUUAUCUAAAGACGAAGUGACAAUACAAGAGGGUGAACCGAGUUCGCCACUUGCAAAUAAUGAUGCCAAAUUUAGCUCUCAUUUGGAGGAUAUUUUGCGUACCUGCAAGGCAACUGAUAAAGCAAAAUUACCAGCUACUCCAAAUACCGGUGGUAGAUCAAAACGAAAAUUAUUUACAGCCAAUUUUGGUGAUGAAGAUGUGGAUUUAACAGUUGGUGAAGAUGGAGUACAGCCCCGUACACCUGUUAAACCUGCUCCAACCACCGACGAUGAGCAGCUCCUACGAGAUAUGGAACAAGUAAAGUUAAACGAUGGUUCAUUGAGUAGUUUUCCUAUCAUCAAUAAGCAUUUAGAGGCCAUAAAACGGGGAGAUCCUAUUUUUAAAUUGACAUCACCGCUUGUUUCAGCUACACCGAAAUCAACAGAAACUCCUAAGCAGAUUAAACCCUCACGGAUACUAAGGGAGAGACAAAGGCUAACAGAUCAAAUUUGGCCUACACCGAAAAAUAAAUAUGGAUUUCUCAAAUCGCUUGAUGUGUGUGUUGCUAAAACGCUCUGUCAUCCAGACGCGUUGUGUUAUCGUGAAAAUUAUCGCACCAAGAAAGAAGAAUUGGCGAAGUUGCUAUAUGAACUUUAUAAUGAAAAAUUAUUUGAAAACAAAUUGCAUGUUCCACUUCAAUGGAACAAAAAGCUUUGCAAUACGGCCGGAAGGUGCUUAAAUAAGAAAAGAAUGGGUGUGCGGACGAGCAUGAUAGAAUUGAGUGAAAAGGUUCUUACGAGUGCGGAUCGAUUGCGGUGUACUUUAAUUCAUGAACUGUGUCAUGCAGCUACUUGGGUAUUGAAUGGCGAGGGUGGACAUGGAAAAACUUGGAAGCAAUGGGCGUCGAAAGCCAAUAACGUUUUUCCGGAAAUACCGAAGAUCGGAGUGUGCCAUCAGUACGACAUUGAGUACAAAUACACUUAUAAAUGCACCUUAUGCGGCGCCAAGUCACAUGCUCAUUCGAAAUCGAAGAAAGUGGAAAAUAUAAGGUGUUCGUAUUGUCAUGGCGCCAUCGAGAUAUUUCUAAAUAAAAAAGAUAAGGACGGAAAUAUUUUGCCUACACCAGUUCGGGAACCAACUGGUUUUGCUAAAUUUGUUAAAGACAACUAUAAACAGUAUAAGCGGCCCGAUCUCAAACACGCCGAUGUCAUGAAGAUAUUAAGUACUGAAUUCGCUGCUUUAAAAGUGCAGGAUAUUGGAACUUGACUUGGAGUGUAUAUGUUUUAUUGGCUGUACAAACAUUUAGUUUAAUACAUUUAUGUUUUAAGUAUAGUCUAGUGCAAGAUGGA